GAUAUCAACAUUUCUGAUUUCUGGGCUUUUGUAAUGACUUGAAGGCAAGGAAGAUGAGCCGGUGGCACUCCCUUGUGACUAAUUCUGGGAUACCAUAUCUUCUAAAUAUAUGUCCAACGGUACUGGUAGCUUAUGCAUUCGGGAACGUGCGGAUAUGGAAGCUAAUUCUGAGUUGAUAUCAAAUGUUUCCGUAGAUGAGAAUGAUGGUGCUACUCAUGGCAUUAAGAAACUUGUUUCAUGGGAAUCGGAUAUGAAGUCGGAGAUAAUUAGUGAUCUCGUUUCUAUCGGAGAAAAUUGCGAGCCUAGGGGCAUUGACGAAUCUAAAAGGACCUUUUCUGCUUCCCUUCUUGAGGUCCCUGCAGAAGUGAAGACGAGUUUGAAUUUUCCUCCCCUUUGGGGAUUCACAUCUAUCCGUGGAAGGAGGCUGGAGAUGGAGGAUACUGUCAUAGCUUUACCUCGGUUCUUGAGUAUCCCUUCCCAACUGUUGACUGACAGUCCAAUUAUGAAUAUCAGGCAUCAAGAUUUAAAAGCCCACUUCUUUGGAGUUUAUGAUGGACAUGGGGGCCGGCAGGUUGCUGAAUAUUGCCGGAAACGUAUUCAUUUAGCUUUAGCUGAGGAGAUUAAUAUUGCCAAAGAAAAUUUUCAUGACGGGAUUGAUGAUGAUUGCAAUCAGGGGGAGCAGUGGAUGAAGGUCUUUUUGAAUUGUUUCCGUAAAGUUGAUGAUGAGGUUGGAGGAUUCCAUGGAAGAGAUGGGGAAAAUGCUAUGCUAGAACCGGUUGCUCCCGAGGCUGUUGGAUCUACAGCUGUGGUUGCAAUUCUUUGUCCAACCCAUAUCAUUGUUGCAAAUUGUGGUGAUUCAAGGGCAGUCCUUUGUCGAGGGAAAGUGCCCAUGCCAUUGUCUAUAGACCAUAAGGUAAGAAUCAUAUUUGUAGAGUAUUGGUUUUUGUUUAUUAGACAAGGUCAGUAAAGAUUAUACUCAAAAGAGAAUAUUAUUCUGUAUAUUUAUUAUUGUUGAAGAUAAAGUUAAAUAAGUUUGUCACCUCUCUAAAAAUUGAAGCUUUUAGAUGAGGUGUUUUGACAUAGUAUUAUAGCAGGCAUAGACUCUUGAGUUCAAGUCUUGCUGUAAUCCAUUUAUUGUGCUGUAUUAAUCCGUUAAUGAGAAAACUGAAUCUG